ACGGGGGCAGGCCCGGCCCGCUUGUGGGCCUAGCAGUCCGCCGCCCCGCGCCCCGCCUCGAGUAGGCGGCAGGCCGGGCGGGGCCAGCUCGGCCAAGGGCCCCUUCUGGAGCGUCCUCCUCCUCCUUCGCCUCCACCAGCCAUGGCUCCCGCCGGCGACCGGGCCGGCUAUUGGGGCCCCCCGACGUCCACCCUCGACUGGUGCGAAGAGAACUAUGUUGUCUCUUACUACAUCGCCGAGUUCUGGAACACCGUUAGCAACCUGAUUUUCAUUCUACCUCCAAUCUAUGGUGCAAUUCAGAGUUAUAGAGAUGGCCUUGAAAAACGAUACAUCAUUGCUUAUUUGUGUGUCACAGCUGUGGGUUUGGGCUCCUGGUGCUUUCACAUGACCCUAAAAUAUGAAAUGCAGCUAUUGGAUGAACUGCCCAUGAUCUACAGUUGUUGCAUGUUUGUCUACUGCCUAUAUGAGUGCUUCAAGUACAAAACUACAACCAACUACCCCCUCUUGUUUCUACUAGUAGCCUACAGCAUUGGCGUCACCAUAGUAUACCUGAAUUGGAAACAGCCUGUGUUUCACCAGGUUAUGUAUGGAACAUUAGUGGCUGUUCUAGUUCUACGUUCUGUGUAUAUAGUGUUGUGGGUCUACCCAUGGCUCAGAGGACUGGGUUAUACAUCUCUGACUGUAUUUUUGCUGGGCUUUUUCCUUUGGAAUGUAGACAAUAUAUUCUGCGAUAAACUGAGAGGUUUACGUGAGCGGCUGCCUCCACUUGUGAGUGUCUUGACACAGUUUCAUGCUUGGUGGCACAUACUUACAGGCCUCGGCUCCUACCUUCAUAUCUUGUUCAGCUUAUAUUCAAGGACACUAUACCUGAAGUACAGGCCAAAGGUCAAGUUUCUUUUUGGGAUUUGGCCGGUUCUUCUAGUAGAAUCGACUAAGAAGCAAUGAUAAAGAACACCUGACCAGAACUGAAGUACUGCCUGCCAUGGAUGCAUAAGGAGAUUCUGCAAUCAUUUUGACAGAUGCGUUGGAAGUUCGUGGGGAGUGCAAAGGACUCCUGGAGUCGUGGAGGAAUCAUGUAGAACCAACGUUUCUCAGGAAACCACGAUUACAGGUUUUCCCUGUUUGAGGUGUCAAAACGAGAGCGCAGUUUUCUUAUGUACCUGUUGAAUAGCUUGAAAAGUCGGACUGGCAUAUUGGGUUGGUCACAGAAAACAGACCACGCUUUCUUUUUGAAAGCAGGUUUGACCUGUCCUUUGUGAUCUAACCGUAAAAUGCUUGUAACUGAAUUGUGAGUAACAUUGGAGGCAAAUGAGGAGCAAUCUAUUUGAUUAAUAAGGGACUCAGUGUUCUGUUGUGUGUUUUAAUGUAUCCACUGCUUACAUUGUAUUGGUUUUGGAAGCUGUGUUCUGUCAUUGUCUCAAAAUUGCUGCCUUUAAUGACUAGUGCAGAUUAUGGACGGCUAAGGUAGAAGCACGGUUCUUCUCAAUGGGUGAAACAUCCCGUUCUUUGUGCAGAAUGUGGAACAUUGAUUGAGAGUUCCCUUGACGUGCAAAAGAAUAAUGUCCCAGAGGUUUAAAAACUACUGUUACAUCUAAAAUGGACUUGUUUUUAAUGGAUGACCCUAUGUCCAGCCAACUACACAAGUCAGCCACUGCCUUUGUUCUUGAUCGAAGUAGUGUCAGCUGGAAAAAUGUAGCGCUAACUGCCUUGCAAUGUGGGGAAGGAAACUGAAGUAGGCCUCUCUCUGCAUUCAUUUGGGACUGCACUACAUCUUUGAUCAGUGCAGAGGCUGUGUUAGUAUAGAGAUGGCUCUGCUCUCUCCCUAGGAAAUAAACUUCCCUUGCCUUUCUCACAUGCCAUUGAUGGGCACUCUUUUGACAAAUCUAAAUUAUAACCAUGAUCCGUCCUCUCGACUUCUAGUUCUUUGACCAUACUCUACCUCUUUUUUUCUUCCUUCAAAGUCUGCUAAGCACAGGUUUUUCUCUCUUACUCAAUUUGAUUCAGUGCCAUCUAGUGUUCAGUCUUACAUUUGCAAACUUCAAAAAGGCUGGGAUAUGCUUUUCAAACAUUUUCGGGUUUUUAUGGUGACUUGUUCCCUAACCUGCCAAAUAGAGAGACUUGUAUUUGUAGGCCAAAGGGGCCAGCCUCCUUUGGCCACAUUGAUUUGGGAAUAUAACGCUUGACAGUGAAGUUUCUAGUUCAAAACAAUGAUGUGGAAUUAAAUCCAAGGCCCCAUUAUAGAAAAACAAACACUCUAGGUAAUAUGUGCCUGCUGAAGUACAAAAUGCACACAUAGGGUCUCUGGCCUUCAACAGUCACUGUCUCUCAACCUAACCAGCAUCGUGUUCAUGGAGGGCAAAGUUGUUAAUGGUUACUAGUCAUGAAAAGUACUUGUUAACUUCCCAUCAUAAGUAGUGUGUCUGUUAGUACCAACUUCUGGAGAAUACACUGCUCUUGUUAAUAUAAUUCCCAGGGGCAUCUGGUUGGUGGCUGUAAGUAAAAAAAAUAUGGAGCAGGUAGGCUUUUGGUUUGAACUUGGAAGAACUCCUGUUGUUAGGAGAAAUUGUUAGCUUUUUGGAGAGCAGGCAAUAUAAUGAUGCAAUACCCUAUUUCUUUGAUUCUGAGGCGCAAUUGAUUGUAGGGCACACACUAAUUUCAUUACCACCAAAAGAAAUAGUCAUUCCACCAACAAAAAAGUAAUAGAUAUAUAAAUAGUACCUGCAAUUCUAAGAUGCACUCUACUUUUAAAGAUGUUUAUAUGGUGGGUGGGGGGGAGCAUCUUAGAAUCAAAAUAAUACAGUAAAUGAAUGUGUUGGGCCAGUGAGUUCUCCAAAAGAUAAACAGGGAAAAAACAAACAAAAGCUUUCGCCUGAAUUCAUUGAGCAUCCCCAAAUACUAAAUGUGUUCAUCCCUACAUACUAGUCUCACACUAAGUUUAGAAUCCAGCUGCUGAUCUUUUGUCUAACUGGGAUAUAAACCUCUUUGUGCACAUUGCUUCUCUUCCAUAUGCUCUUUGAGCUUCUGUAUUCUUCAUCCUCAAGUUACCAAGCCUCUCUCUCGAGAUAGCCAGAGCUCUUUUGAGGUGCCUGUGGCUUUACAUUCAUUAAAUGCACUCGGAGCCAAAAUGGCCAGUUCUCUUUUAAGGUCAACCUGCUGCUUUCUAUGGUGCUGGACUUUAACUUUCAUAGACAGUAGGAAUAUUUGAUAGUUAUAGCGCAGUACGGAGCAGCAUAGCCAGUUCUAUAUAUGAGCUUAUGCUAGGAAACAAGAAAGAAAAUAUGCAGGAUGCUCUGGUAAUAUGUAAAAAGAUAACGUAUUGUGGGAUAUACAAUACAUCUUGGAUAAAAGAGUAGAUAGACAAAAGAAAGUUACAUGUGUAUGUAUGUCAGAAGCCACAUGAUGCUCCCUUCUCAAACAAAGGCUUCUAAGGAGAUGGGAAGUGCGGGCAGGCAGGGAGCAAAAAACACUUAGAGCUGCAUCGAUCAAAGAAAUUGGUGAAAACCAGAGAGCAGAUGUGUACUAUAGGUUUCCACCUGUUCCUAAUUGCUUUCCAUACAAGUGUUGAUGUUCCUUCAUUUCCAGCAUAAACAUGUUAGCUAGGAGAUGAUGGGAGUUGUGUAUCAGUUCAACUGACAAACAGCUGAUUGGAUAUAACUCCUUCAGGAAAAAUCAUGGAGCCUAUGAUUGACAUCAAAAUCAUGCCAUUAUUUUUCCUCUUAGGCUAGAUUUACAUUGCCAUAUAAAAUCCAGAUUAUUUGCUUUGAACUGGAUUAUAUGGCGUGCAGACUCAUAUAAUCCAGUUCAAAGACCAUAAUGUGGAUUAUCUGCUUUGAUAAUCUGAAUUAUAUGACAGUGUAGAUCCAGCUUUAUUUUUCCUUGGAAAUACUUUCUUCCUGUUUUCCUGCAUAUCUCAAUUUGUACAUUCAUUUUUAAAAAAUGAAGAUUCAUUCAUAUCUCCUUUCUAGCAAUAAUUCAGAAAUUUCUCCAAAAAUGCGGCCAAGUGGUGGAGGUUAGAAGUUACUCCCUUCUUCACUUUUGUGAAGGACACACAAAGGGCACUCACAUCUCCUUUGAGGUUUUCUUAGUGUCUGAGCUUCAGAGAGGUAAGGAUGGCAGAAUGUCUUGGUGGUGUCCCUUGACUUCUGUAGAGUAAAAAACCAUGACCUAAAUCCAAUUUCCAGUCUCAGCUAAAACACAUCAUUUGAACCAAUGGGUUCAUGACUAAUAAUAUUCAUCACUUGGUUCAUUGUGCCUGAUCUAUUUGAAACUAGCUGGAUUUAGGCCCAUGUCUUGUGAAAUCACCCAUGUUGGGAUAGGAAAAGGAAUGGCAACUAAGCCCUUUUUAUAAAGGCACAAGAAAUUCAGCACAAAACCCCCUCUCGCUCCUCUCGCAUCCCAGGAGAUUGGAACCAUGUGUGGCUUUUAUGUCUAAAGAUGUUUGGGAAGAGGUUUUAACCUCAAUAAGACAAAUAAUAGGAGGAAAAAGUCCACUUUUAAAGGGUAUUCCUGCUUCUUUCCUUGCUUGAAGACAAAAAUUAGAAUCAAAUAAAGGCCUUAUAGCAUUUCUCUUACAUGCUAUCAGGAUAGAAAUAGUCAAGGUAUUAGGGAUGGGGGAUUCAGAAUAAGGGCCAUCCAUAGCUUUAAAAAUUAAAAUACACAGUGAAAUUAGAGGAGAAAUAAAAAAAUGUAUUUGAGGCUAUAUGGAAACCAUUUAUCAGCCAUAUUUGCCAGAGUAAUUGCAAAUUUAAACCAUCCUCAGGUCAAGUUGGAUUUGGUUAAAUGACUAGAGGAAAUUAUGACUAUUAAUAAAAUUCAAAGGCAUAAUAGAGGAUAAUUUAUUAAGUGGAUUGACUGAGUAGUUUGUAAAUGUCUGUGACUUGGGAAGAAGAGGAUGAAUGGGAUAAGGUAAAACUCUAGAUUAAAAUUCAGCACAAAAUCUUCCCGGUGAUAACUCAGAGAUACUUUACAACAGGGGUCCUCAAACUUUUUAAGUGGAGGGCCGGUUCACAGUCCCUCAGAUUGUUGGGGGGCCGGACUAGGAUGAAAUAGUCCAAAAUUAGGAUUGUUGUUGUUGUGUGCCUUCAAGUCGUUUCAGAGCUAGGGUCAACCCUUAGUCUAAAGUUUAGGACAGAGGCCAGGUCAAUGACCUUGGAGGGCCCUGAUCUAGAUGAUCUCAUAAGACCAUAGGUAAGUAAAGAGAUCUCCAAAGACCAUCUAGAUGGUCUCAUAAGACCAUAAGUAAGGAAAGGGACCCUCAAAGGCCAUCUAGACGGUCUCAUAAGACCAUAGGUAAAUAAAGAGACCUCCAAAGACCAUUUAGAUGGUUUCAUAAGACCAUAGGUAAGGAAAGGGACCCUCAAAGGCCAUCUAGAUGAUCUCAUCAGGGCCACCAGAAAACCAUAGAUAAGGAAGGGGAUCCUCAAAGACCCAUCUAGAUGGUCUCAUAAAACCAUAGGUAAGGAAAGGGGCCCUCAAAGGCCAUCUAGAUUGUCUCAUAAGGCCGUAGGUAAGGAAAGAGACCUCCAAAGACCAGGCAGACGUAGGUCAACCCUAAGUCUAAAGUUUAGGACAGGGGCCAGGUCAAUGACCUUGGAGGGCCGCAUCCGGCCCACGGGCCUUAGUUUGGGGACCCCUGCUUUACAUCACAGGUAAUGUUAGCUUAGCAUCAUCAGAUGACGCCACUACUAUUCCAUUUCUUGACCCGAUUUAUAGAUUUGUCUCCAUAUCCUGCCAGCCAAUCUUUUCCUAAGAGAUGAUGGUUUUGCUCCACUUCUCUUAGGUAUUAGCUUCACAUAGGUUUUGAUACAAACAUUAUACAGUGAGCAUCACUGACAACUUAGCAAUGAUUUUUUUUGGUGGUGUGCCUCCAGCCAUCUCUUUCCUGAGUUGAAAAGCAAUUUACCCCAUUUUUCUCCCCAAAACCUCCUGUUGAAGAAUGGGGGGGGAAAUAAUGCAGAUUUCAGAUAGUGUGCCUCUCCUUUGCCUUUGCUUUUGAAUUGUGCAAUAUUGUUGAAUGUGUGACUGUUUUGCAAAAGUGCCCACUCGUGAUAUCCAGCCUGCUUUGACCCAGAAUAAACAAGAAUAGGUGAAUAAAUACUAAAGGUGAAGAGUAAAUGACAUGUGAUGUUUGUUUAAGCUGUAUAAGUAAAAAAAAACAAUCCCUCACAAUUGUAGCAAUGAGCCUGAUAUAGGGAAGUCUUGAUACUUUCCUCCACUGUCCUUGUUUCAUCCUCACCUUGGACAGCUCCUUUAAAGCUCACAAACCUGGAAUGAAUUACACUAUAUAUUUAUGUAUAAGUCUAGACAUUUUAAUUCAAAAAUCAAUCCAAAAAAUGAGUUGACAUCCAUGGAGCAGUGUAAAUACUGUGUCAUUUUAAAAGGAACCAUCAUCUUUGAGUAGAAAGGCAAGAGCUUAGUCUGUAUCGGGAAAGCCCAAGAAAAGCACCGACUUGUAUAUGAGGUCGAUUUAUACAGUAAUUACCCCACCGACUUGAGAGCCACAGUUCACCAAUGCAGUUUGCCAUGACAUCUGAUGGUGUGUAGGAGGUGUAGCACAAAAAUAGUAAUUCCUCCAACCAACAGAACAGGGUUACUCCUCCUUGAUCACUAUAUUCCUAAUCCUAUUUUUGUUCUUACUCCCACCCAGAAGCUACUAUAAACAGUUCAAAAAAAAAGGAUGCACACAGCAUUAAGUCAUAAUUACAUUUAAUUCAGCCUCCCAAGGUGAAACCUAAAAGGCAGGCACUGAAACUCACAGCUUGCAUUGGAAUUCAGUGUGAUAGCAGCUGGAUAUCCCAAAAUAGUAUGUGUCUCUGUGUGGCUCAUAGAGUUGCAACAUAAUAAAUUGCUGUCUCCACCUCAGUCAGGAUAUUUCUAAAUUCAUCUUUCACCUUCUCUAUGUCUUUUGAGCUAUAAUGAUGGUUUUGAGUGCUGAACACAGAAAGAAAUGUGCAAUUCAAGUGGCUAGCAUCCCAAAAUGGUCUUGGAAGACCUCUUCCAUUGCUGUUCAACAUAAACAUUGCACUCAAUUUCCUAGUUGCAGCUUAGUCACCUUUGGUGAGUCUGAACCUCUUUGAGGAGAUUGUGAAAUAUUAUAAAGCGUUGUUCCACACAAUUUAAAUAUUAUUGUAUGGGGAAGCCCAAGAGGAACGUUGAUGGAUUUUCUUGCAAAUUUGGAUUGAGUUGAUUUUUAAAUUGAAAGGAGGAUUCUGCAGAAAUUCUGAUUUCUUUGAUCCAUAGCAUCAGUACUCAGAAGGCUGAUUUCUAUCAGUACAUCUAUUGUUUGAUUAAAAUUCAUCUGCAGGAACCUCUCAGCUCUGCACUGUUUUAACAAUUGGCACUUUCAGUCUGACUUUGAUCAGUAGAAUCCCUGAAUUGUAGUAACCCUCAUAUGGAUGGCUGCAUGCUAGUAAUCCCAAUCAAUAGUUUAAGGGUCGAACUUGGAAAGGUUGUGUUUUGGAUUGCAACUCUUAGAGUCUUUCAGCCAUCAUUGCCUCUUUUCCAGGCUUUCUUUCACUCAGAUUACAUCCCAGAGUUUAUACAGUGGAGAAGACAAUUGCAAAUCCUGAAGUCUGUCCUUUUUCAGUUUAGAGUGUAUUGGUCUCUUUCAUGCUACAAACUUCAAUACAGUUGGAGCUACCAUGGCUACAUCCUUUGGAGUCUUGGAAUCUGUACUUUCACGAGGCAUUCUCUGCCAAAGAAUCUUCCCAAACUACAACUCUCAGGAUUCUGUAGGAUGUAGAAAUGGGAGUUAAAGUGGAAACAGAAUGCUAUACAGUCAACUUUCCACAUUUGUCGGGGUCUGGAGCAUAAGACCUCGAUGAAAGUGAAAAACUGAGGAAAGACAUACCUAUCUUAUCUAUCUCCUAAGAAGUCAAGGUUUUCCAGCACAACUCUGGUCACCUUCCAUUGGAAUCGCAUUGGAAGCCCUAGAGAUUCCUGGAGAGGUGUUCUCUCUUGAAAGCUCUUGGUCCUCCAGCAUGAAUGGAGGAAAUUAACAAUAAAAUCACACUGAAGGUCCUAGGGAACAUUUUCCACCAAAUCCAUGAAUAAUCAAAUCCACAAAAGUCAAAACCACAAAUGUGGAGGGCCUAUUCUGCUUUGUGAAAGAGACCAUAGUCAAUUAGUAGCUAUGUUGUACUGUUUUCAAGUUGCAUUUUCUAUCUUUUACAUGCCUUUUGCUCCCAAAAGCUUCCUGGUAUGUCUCAGUAGCUAGCAAAACACAAGUCUGUUUGUUUGUUUAAAGAAAUCUGUAGUCUCCAAAAUAACAAGAUGGAUUAUCCUGCAGGCUGUAAGAACUGUGUUAUUACCGAUGGAUGAUUAUGACUAAAGCAAGCCUGGGCGUCUGAGAAUUUAAAUACCAAAUAGUAUUUUAACAGGACCUGCCUCUUUUUAAUGUGUUUGUCUAGACUUGUGCAAGAAAGUUGUGCUGCUGUGUACUGCCUCUUUAUUUGAAUUGGGAAAAAAAGGCUUGUAUUGGCAUAUAUCCUACUACGGCUAAAUGUCUGUGUCACAUCCAGUCUUUAGUGAAGGCGAAAGUUGAUUUGGCAGAUAGGAACGAUGAGUAGUUGUUGGAGCCUUUGGAGUUGAUUAGAGAUGGGCAAAGAACAGGACUUCUUCUCCAAAUAUUUUAAUAAAGACCAUCCACAGAAGUCAAAUCCGCAAAUGUAGAAGGCCAAAGGAAUCCAGUAGCAUAUGAGGGAGAAAAAAAGAUAUGUAUAAUAUACUUGUGUGGACUCUGUUUCUUUUUCUCAAAGACAUUAAUAAUUCUUUUAUACCUCUUUCUGAUGCCUGGUGCCUCUCUGUUCUUUUCCCCUUGUAUCUUUUCUUUCCAAAGCUUGUAAGGCUGGUCUUUUGAGACCUCUCUGCACACUCCUUACCGAUCUUUCUGAAGUACAGAGUGCAUUAAUAAUGCUAUUUUCCAUCCAUGCUAUAUAACAGGUUUCAGUGGGAUUUCCUCCCCCCAGAAGCCUCUUCCCUUCACCCCAUUGCUGCUUUGCUAUCAUUGCCUUUGCAUCCAAUUUUAAGGCCCACAAGGCUCAGAAUUAAAAUCUCCUUCAGACGUCCCUGUCCAAAGUUCAGAUUAGUAUUUCUUUCAAUUGUGUUCUGCCAUAUGAAUGUGGAUUCUUUGGGCGCACUUCUAAUGCACUGAUCUUCAUAGGGUGUCAAAAGGGAAAUGGAUCCAGUCUUGACACUAGAGACGUGGAAUAUCCUUUUGUGUGUGUGUGUGUAAAGUGACCAAACAUGGUUUUAACCCCUUUUGUUUUUGUUUCGGAUCAUUGUUUUGGGAUUUAAAAAUAAUCUUAUCCAGAUGAACUUAACUGGCUGUAUCAUGAAAUAGCAUCAAUGUAUAUAAAAACAUUGUAAUAAAUAUUGUUUUAAGCAUUUUGAUAUACUAUAUUGAAAUCUUUCUAUGGGAUUCUUGUCGACUAAUAAGCUUAUAAUAUAUAUAUUAUAUUAUAUAUAACUAUUAUUUUGCAAUAAAGUGGCUUUGGGGGAUUUGGGGUAACGUAUUCAUCCAUUUACCCUUGAAGCAUUAAUUAUGACCUAAAUGAUGAUGGCAAUUAUGAUGAUUAAAGAAUUUUUUUGCUAAUUAAAAUAA